GGGAUAGACACCAUCCGGCGACACGAUAAUAGCGCACUCGUCGUAGACCACAUCCGCCAGGAAUACCCCGACUAUGUGCCGGAGUUCCCCGAGGAGACGAACCAUUACCGAAACCGGGUCGCGCUGCAUGCACCCACGGUCCUGGCGGACUAUGUUGAGGACUUGCGACGUCUGGUGUUCAUACCCACUGGAGGUCUUGGCCCCCGCGAAGCAACCAUUGUAUCGACGGAUUGGGGGCCAGGCAUGGCCGAAGUGAGGGAAGCUUUACUGCAGCAGUACGGCUGGCCUGAAGCGUUCCGCGCCGAGGAGUGGAGGCGGGAUGGACGCACCAUCUACGAGGCAGCGAGGCAAAGAGUCAGCUGGGGCCCGGGAGGUUUUCGACUGCCGAUGAAUGAGAUGCGUGUUCCCGAGCUGCAUCCCGAUCUUAGGUAG